AUGAAGGCACAGCAGCUCAAAGGCAAGUGUAACCCUGUGGUGGCUGAAAUUACCUCAGCUCUCUCUGUGGCCAGAAACCAGCUCUGUAAUGUGGACCACCUGCUCCGGCCCUUCUCUGACCUGCAGGAGCUGAGCCUCAGUCAUAAUCUGCUGAACCGCUUCCCUCGCGGCCUGCCCCCCAGCCUGGAGUCCCUGCUGCUGCAAGAGAACCGCAUCACUUAUAUCACUUCAGGUGCCCUGCGACAGCUGGGGAACCUUACUCGCCUGGAUCUGGAGGACAACCGCAUCCGUGCCAUCCAGCCCGGGGCACUUCAGGGUCUUAACAAGCUGCAGGUCCUGACACUUAAAGGAAACAAGCUUACCAGCCUCCCUCUGAAUCUUCCUCCAUCACUGACACACUUAGACCUCUCGGCAAACUGCAUCUCUGUCCUGGACCUGCCCUCGCUGUCCGCCCUGGUCAACCUGCAGGUUCUGAAGAUCAACAGCAACUGUCUGCGUUCAGUCCCAGAGAGCGCCUUUGACAGCCUGCCACGUCUGAGAUCCGUGGACCUCACCAACAACCUGUGGGUGUGUGAGUGCGACAUCUUGUAUCUGUACCGCUGGCUGCUGAGUGGUCGCGUGAGGAUGGCCACAGAUCUGGUGUGUACCGAGCCGGUCCACCUUGCUCACCGCCUGCUUUUGAACCUCUCUGUAAUGGCUAUCUGUCCUCGUGUCGUGAAGCCAAAUGAGAGGACACACCCACAGGACAUCAGCUCUACACUGGAGAGGAAGCUGGAGACGGUGACAGUGAGGCCAAUGAUACCAAGCUCAUUUAAUGACCGGAGAGAGGCACCCUGGCCCACUCCCAACCCACAGCCGCUUGCACAACAAGACUCUGCAGCGGUCAUCGCUCUGCUCGCUGUGUUAUGUGUAUUAGUGGCUCUCCUAAUGCUGGCAGUGCUGUUUGUGCUGAAAAAUGUACUCCUGCGCCAUCAGAGGGUGGCUCCACUUAAUGCGGGAUCUGGUGGAUGA